UGUGUUCUACUUCCUGUGAUUGAUUGUUUCUAGGAACUUUAGAAGCAAAGCUAAAUUGGGUAUUUGGCAGGCCAAAAAUCUUUGAAUUCUCAAGCUUUUUUGGCUUCUGGGUCUUCACCAUCUCUUCUUUACGUAUUAGUACCGUCUUGAAGUGGGAAAUAGUACUGCUACGAAAUAGCAGAAUCCCACGCCAACCCCACAUCCCCCCCACCCAAACUUUGUUCUCAGAGGUUAAUUUGUGGUCAUUAUGGAUGUAAAAGGAAUCACCUGGGUUGGAAAUGUGUACCAAAAGUUUGAAGCUAUGUGCUUGGAGGUGGAAGAAAUUAUGUACCAGGACACAGUCAAAUAUGUUGAGAAUCAAGUGCAGACUGUCGGCGCAAGUGUAAAAAGGUUCUAUUCAGAUGUGAUGCAAGAUUUGCUUCCACCAUCUUCACAGGAUUCUGAGAAAGUUUCACUCUGUGGUUUUAUUGGAAAACAAGAUUCUGAUGAUGGGAUUUCUAAAAAGCCAAACGUUGCUAAGAAGGAAAAGCCUGCAAAGGCUGAUGAUGAGCAGUUGAUUAGGACCUUAAAGGUAACUUCCGACAGUAAAGACGUGUACCUUGCACCGUCUAUCCAUGUACGUUGUGAUGUGGAUAACAUGUGUAGACCUUCUGGGGAGUGUGUAAAAGGAGCAUGCUCUAACUUGCGUUCAAGAAAAAAAUGUCGUGAUGUGAGCGUGCAUAGUAGUUCAAAUUUGAGUGUCAAUGAAAAUCGAAGCGACAAAAAACUGAUUCCACCUGAGACAUCAUGCGCAAUCACUCGUGAAAAACAUUUGAGUAGACCAUUGUCAUCAUAUUCUGAAUUUGUAAAUGAAAUUCAUGAGAUUUCAUUGGAUCAGACAGGUACAACAAAAGCCCCGUCUGUGAAUGAAGAUACAAGUUCUGACUCUAUAGUAGAAAGUUGUGAUGAAAUUGAAAAUUCAAGUGAAUGUAUGGCUGAUUUAUCAAGUAGCUUCCACGCGUCAAGUGAAAUUAUCUUGGUAAAAUCUGUUGGAUAUGAUGGAAAUGAGAUGGAUGUUCCAUCUGGUGGCGGCUUAUCAGAACAAGCAAAUGGUGACUAUACUAGCAAGUGUUCGAGUAAUAGCCUUGCUUCUACUGGAGGAUCCUCUCAGAAUGAAGAAGCACGAAACGACAAGUAUGCUGAUGAGGAUGUGUUUGUGUCUCUUCCAAGGAAAUUUGAUGACUGGAAUCUUAAUAUAACUGAGAGUGAGAUUGCCACUGAACAUGGAACCGAGACCAUUCAACAAAGAGACAAGGUGAAGCUUGAGGAAACUUGUGUGUUGGUGAAUGAGGACGAACUUCAUAUUCUCCCUCAACGCGGAGGCAAAUGGAGGCCCUACAAGAAGAAAAUUCGGGACGCACUUUAUUCAAGAAUGAGGUCAGCAAGGAAGGAGGAGUAUGAGCAGCUCGUGUUACAGUAUGGGGACAAUAAAAAACUGAAUCAAGACUUUGGGGAGGCUUUGGCACCGACGCUUAUCGUGAAGGAGAGAAAGAAAUUACCACAUCUCGAUUCUUGCGAAUCCGAGUGGGAACUUCUCUAGAUACCCAUUUCAGCUCUUACAUAUAAUCCUUUAUGUUGCUUCUAUUGCCUUUAUCUUGCAGAUUAAGGCUCUGUGCAUUACACUAGUAUCGGCAGUGAGAAUGUCUAUGCCCUGCAGACUUUGUUAGUAACUGGGUAAAACUCCGAAAAUUCCCUGCUUUAGAAUGUGAUUAAAAUAAGUUAUUACUACAAAGAUCAUGCAUAAAGGUCUGUUCAGGUUCUAUUUACUUCAAAGAUAUGAUACAACACAGUUAUCAUCUACUUCUCUGCGUUGUCCUUAAAUCCUUAUUAAAUAAUUAUACUACUAUUUGAAUUUCUUUUCGUUA